AUGGCAUCUUUCAGCGCGAUCUAUGGUUUUUGCUUGCGGAUUUACUAUGCCUUUCAAGCUGCCUUGAGGGCCGUUGGUGCAGCGGGAGGUGGUUGGGCGCUACUGGCUGCCCUGCGCGCCAUUGGUUUCGGCCUCAGAUCCGAGGUGAAGAAAUCGGACCGCGAUGCGCUGGACGAGUGCUGCGAUGACAACCUGGUGGUGCCGCGGCAUGUGGCAGUGAUCAUGGAUGGGAAUCGACGAUUUGGCAGACAGAAAUAUGGAGAUUCCCUGAGCGGGCAUAGAGCUGGUGGUGAGAAGCUGCGUGAGUUCAUCCUGUGGUGUUCAGACCUGGGCAUCGAGUUCCUCACAGUCUUCGCCUUCUCCACGGAGAAUUGGAAGCGCGAGGAGAAGGAGGUCCAGGCGAUGAUGGAGCUGUUCCUAUCAGAAGUUCCGCGUCUUGGAGAGCACGCCAUGAAUCACAACUGCCGUGUUCGAUUUCUGGCCUCGGACUCCGAGCCAUUGCCAGCGGAUGUCAAAGCAGCUGUUGCGAGCCUGGAGGAGAUGUCCUCUUCAUGCACUGGACUGACCCUGAACGUUUGCUUGAGCUAUGGCGGAAGAUCUGAUGUGGUGAGAGCAUGUCGUGGCAUCGCCGAAAAAGUUCAGAGUGGAGAGUUAGAUCCACGGCACAUUGGUGACGCUACGGUCAAACAUCAUUUGCUCACCGGCGACAUUCCUGAUCCAGACGUGUUGAUUCGCACCUCCGGCGAGCGGCGCUUGAGCAAUUUCCUCAUGUUCCAGUUGGCUUACGCUGAACUUUUUUUCCUCGAGAAGCAUUGGCCCGAAGUGGAACAAGAAGAUUUAAUGGAUGUGGUGAAGCAGUUUCAACGCCGGCACCGGCGAUUUGGAAAGUAG